AUGGCCCUGGAUAUGCAUCCCCGCUCUGGACCAUAUCCCUGGCUGAGGGGAGAGUUGAUGGUGUUUGCAUUUUCAACCGCCCACGCCGAGGUAGUGCCCUUCCGUCCAAAUGCAUACACUAUCAGCCGGUAUUUCUUCGGGCAUGUGGUCAUGUCAGUGACCCACGAGAACAGCCGAGAAAGUGUGGAGAUGCCGGAGAUGGACGGCCGGCUGGCAUUCCUCAUGAUGCUCAUUGAUUGGGUGGAGAUCCGGGACAAUUUGAUUGAUACCUGA